AUGACAACCUUGUGUGUGAAAACUUACAUGGAAAGCUCAAGAACGUACAAAGGAAUAUUUGGCCUUUAAGCAACCUUUGUUCCAAGCAAUUCUAAAACUUUUCACUUUAUGGCUAAUUCGAAAGAGUACAGUCUUUAUUUUUUGUCUUCUGUACCAUCCAUUAAUUUUGAACUUGACCAAAUUGAUCUUCCUGUUGUUGCUGGAAUGGCUGUGACUCAUGCAGAUCUUGCACCAAGUCGCCCUAGUACCAAUUUAGGUAGCAAAAUGGGUGCAUUUCUUAUGGUCUUGUCAAUACUUCUUGGCCUCCUCUGCUUCAUUCUCUCCCUCAUUGCCGAAGCCACGCGUUCUCAGGUGAUUUUGAGUGGGAAAGGAGGAGGGACAAAUGAAUGCACAUAUAGUGGUAGUGGGAAAACACCUCUAUUGUGUGCUUCUGCUGCAUUUUUGGCUCUGGCUAUUGCCAUGGUGAUUGAGCACACAUACUUGUUGAUUGUUGUGAGCAAAGCAACUCCUCCUCAUAUACUUUAUUGGGAUCCUCAUUCUGAUUCUCUCAACACACUUGUUUGGCAAGCUGGCUUCUUCUUUGUUUCCACAUGGGUUUCUUUUGCUGUUGCGGAGAUUUUGCUACUAAUAGGGCUAAGUGUAGAGUCUGGACAUCUAAAAAAUUGGGAAAUAGCAAAGGAAAGUUGUUUAGUAGUUGGACAAGGAUUAUUCUCAGCUGCUGGAGUUUUUGGUCUACUCACAGUUUUCUUGGCGGCUGGUUUAUACAUGAUAGCACUACGAGCACAAAGACUAUUGCUUGAUCAAGAAAGUAUAGGUCGUCAAGUCCUAGAAACCUCUAUGCUUUUUGCAUCUCCACCAACAUCUCCUCCAACAAUCAUUAGACCUGUUCCUAAUGAAAAUCCUAUUUCAACAACAGCUCAGAGUAAUGAACAUACUACUUCAUUAGCACACUACCUUUCUGACUUUGAUAAGUAUUUAUACUUGGUUUGAAGAAACACAAGACUUCUGAAUUUCUCCAUCCUAAAAAUGCAUUUCAAGUUCGUCCAAGAGCUGAGGAGAAAAAUCUUAUAUGUUUUUACUGUUUUCCUACAAGAUUGAUUUGUAUAUAAGUCUGUUUUACCAACCCCCUUUUUUGUUUAUAGACAUGACUGUUUCUAAAUGUAAGUACUACACCUUCUGAAAUCAAAAAGAAUUUUCUGUUU